AUGAGAAAAGGUAGAUUUACAGCUCGGCCGAAAGAACAAUAUCAGAUUUAUGGAGAAACUUAUGCUUCCGCUAAUACUAUUGGAAAUUGGUUUAAUUUUGGAAACAAUAAAGAAAAUGAUAGAAAUAUUAAUAAUAGGUUGUCUCCUUCAUCACAAUUUGCCAUCCAAGCCCCCCCAAAUUCAGGACCAAUUAUUGAGGAAGUAAAUAGUGGUGAUGAAGUGGAUGAUGUAGAAAAAUUAUCCUCAACUAUGCAUGAUACAACUCUUGAUGAUCAUCAAAGUGAAUUAUUGGAAGGAGAAACAUAUGAUGUAUUUGAUUAUGACAAUGGUCCACUUACUUCAACUGUUCAAAGAGGGAGAAAUGAUCGGAAUAUUGUACAUGAUUUUUUUGAUGGUGAACCUGAUAUUUCUAUAAUUUUACAAGAAAGUUCCACUGGAUCACAAUUAUCUUCAGCUCCAAAUAGGGGAGUAAUUCAUUUUGAUGAGGUACUUUCAACAAAAAAUAGUCGUGGAUCAAAAAGGAGUUCUCAAAAUUCUAAAGGAGUGUCAUUUAUUGUUCCUGAUGUUACCUCGAAACGAAGAUAUACACCACCAUUGGAAAUUAACGAUCAAACACCACGAUUUUUUAGGAAAAGUAGAAGUAAUAGUCUUGGAGAUAUUUCUAAUCACAAACUCUUGCAUGGGAAAGCAAGUAAUUUAAAUCUAGAGAACUCACCAGAAUCAGAAGAUUUAGAUUAUUCUUCUGAUGAGGAGGAUAAUUUUUCAGAAGCAGAGGAUGUUGAAGUUGUUUAUAGUGAAAACGACUUGUCAGAUAUUGACGAUGAUGAAUUGGAGAGUGUUCGAGAAGAUGUUAGAAAACACCAUAAAGAUGUCAUUGCAAAAAAUAUAAAGUUUAUUGAUAAAUUACACAGACAAAAAAAUUCACAAAUUUCAGAAAAGUUUUCGUCUAAAAUGGCAUUUAAUAUUCCACGCGCACCGUUUAACCGUUUAGUAAGGGAAAUUUAUCAGGACUAUUUGGUUGAUUGUUUUAAAAUGGCUAAUGUUGUAACGGGUGCAAGGGAAAAGGCAACCUUAUAUCCCAGAGAUAUGAGAGCUGCGAGAAAAAUAAUGUCAAUUGGUGGAUCAUAA